AUUCUUCUUAUUAAUUGCAUAGUAUUUAAUUUAGACAUUAGGAAGGGUUUACCGCCUGACUCGUGAAGUAAUUUAUUAAGCAAUCCAAGAGAAUAAGCUCCCACCCAGAUAGGACCAAGGAGCUUAAAAAUGGUGGAAUAUUUAAUGAUUUCACGGGCAUUUUCUCCCUCCUUGUACAACUGUGCACACAGGUAGUGUGUUCUGUGUGUGUAAUCUGUGAUCCGACCUUCCCUCGUCAAAGCUUCCGACAGAUUUUUGCCUUUUCCCACAUAAGACAAGCCAUCAUUUGUGUAACAACCACCCACAUUUUUUUUUUCAUUAAUUCCCUCAUUAUAUUACAGCACUGGAUUAUAUUAGUGAAAAAAGCCAAAAAGAAAGGGAAAACAAAGGGGUCAAAAGUCUUAGUUCUUGAAAUUAUGGAGAUAUUAUAGUGGAUGGAGAACGGAAAGUCAAGAUUCACAUGCUAGUUUGGAUUUGUAUAUUGUAUAUAUUCUUUUGGGAUGGAUCUGAGGUUUCUGAGUCAAAAACAGAGCUGCAAUGCAGGUGAGAAUUAAAAUUCGUUAGCCCUUUUUUCAUCCAUUUGCAUUUGAGGUAGUAUGAAAGGAGGAGAAUUGGGUUGAUCAAAGAUUCUGUUUUUAUCCAUCAGGAGCCAAAAAAAGUGUGUCAGUAUUUUAAAGCUGAAGAAGAGCUGUGUUUUGUCUGUCUACAUCAUCAAGCUUUUGACAGCUUGGGUGAGAUAUAUAUAUAUAUAUGUUGAGGUGAAUCCACUGGGCAGAGUUUGAAUAAACCUUUGAAUGAUUCUAUGAAAUUUGUGUGAUAGAAAUACUACAGAACAUGCCACAAGACAGGCCGAGAUCUGUGUUAUACAGAUCAUUUCUCACCUGUGAUGAUCCUAGGGGUGUAGUUGAAUGCAAUAGGAUUAGGAAGUCGAAGACUGAGCUCCCGAAGAUGGUGGAUGAUGAUAAGCUUGUAAAACGAGCAGUUCGUGAAGGAGGUAUGAGCGUGUCUGCAUCGAAGAAAGAACGCGAAGAAAGGGUAUACCAAGGGUGUGCAGAUGAGUUAAAUGCGUCGUGUUCUGUCCAGCUCAUGGAGGUAUCUAGAGGAGCUCAGAAGCUGACUCGAGUGAUUGAUUCGUGGUCAAAGGGAGGUGGGUUAGACAGGAAGUCGAAGGAGGUUGCUAAGGACUUGUUGAAAGGAGCUCUUGAUUUGCAGGAGUCUCUUGAAAUGCUGGAGAAGUUGCAGGAGGCGUCGGGAUUUAUGGCAAAGAUGAACAAGCCAACAAAAGAGAGAAGUGGGAAAGGUGUUGAAAGGACUAAAUCUGAACGAGUUGUAGGGGAUCAAAAGUACAAACUGGAGGAGUUCCACAGACCGAGACAUUCUAUUGAUGGAGCUUCGUCUUGGGAUUGUUACGACGAGCUGAGGGAGGUGAUAAGGGACAGCUUUGCUAGACAGAAGUUGUUGCCAAUGCCACCCAAUAGUGGUGCAGAAAAGGCGAGUUUUGGAAGUAGAGAACUGGACUUUUCUCCAGAUCUCCCAUCCACUAGCUCAAGCCAAUCCUCUUAUGAAAAGCGUUGUUUUGAUAGAAGACAAUUGCUUUCAUCUCCCGAUCUCCCCUCUACUAGCUCAAGCCAAUCGUCCGUGUUUCAAUCCCACGAGUUUUCUUCUUUUGGCAGCUCUCUUCCAAAGGUUCAACCUUUGAAACCAAAAGCCCCGAAUUUGAUUGCAAAGCUGAUGGGUCUUGAGGAAAUAAUUCCUUCACAGCCCAACAAACAGAUGGAGAAAGACAGGCUUUCCAAUCAGAGGAGACCUGCAUUUGAAAUUGAUUUGCCAAAGGCAAAGAAACCCCCUAUUGUUGUUGAGAACAUGGAUACAAAGCAAAGAACUCUAGAAGAAAUUAUUGGGGCUAUGCAAUUCAAGGGGCUACUGAAAAGCUCCCCUUUUAACGAAUCAAAGCAGCCCGUUGUUUCAGAUUUUGAAAACGAAGUUGAUCAAUAUUGUGAACCCAUUGUGAUCAUGAAGCCCCAAUAUGCUCUCCACUCUAGAACGUACCCUUGUGAGGAAAAUUCUGUGAACCCCAAAGAUAUGCCUACAAAUUGGAAAAGAAAAGAAUUCACAACUGAACCCACCGGACAGCCAAAAGGAGCUCCUAAUGUUGCUGUCAAGAAAAACUUGAGAGCAGAAAAAACUGAAGUGACCAAAUCUACGCGUGAAGGAGGGUCUAAACAACUGACAAGUUCAAAUGACAGUGGGAUCAGGAUUAUGGGAAAACUAUCUUCUAAUAAAACAAUCAAUCCUGCGAAGCCUAGGGGGCAAGAGAAGAAAGAAGUUAUUGAGAAAAGGGUUGAUAAGAUUCAAAAGAUAGCUCCUAAAACGAGGAAAGAAGAAAUGAAAAACGUGAAAUUUAGGGAGGCCGUUAAACCGCAUGGCUUAGAGAAGAUGACCUCUGUCAAGCUUAGGAAACAGGAGACUGUGCCAAAUAUAUCACAAAAACAAGUUACUCAGCAAAAGAGCACGACCUCAAAUCUUACUCUAAAUCAUGCUGCUGUGUCUCGUAACUCCAGAAAUAACAAGUAUAUGAAAAAAACUGACAAGCCCGAAAGAAAGUCCUCUGUAGCUAUUGUUGAGAAUCUGGGAGACAAUAAAGCACAGAUAGACCUUAAAUCCAAGAAAGAGACCGAUAAAACAGAAAAUGAAGAUGAAGUGUCAGAAACGCUCCACCUUGAGGAAGUGUCUGAUGUUUCCCAGACUCUCAUCAUUGAUGAUCAUAGCGAAGCUGAAAGUCUUUCUUGUGUCUCUACCGUUCCAACCAUCCACAGUGAGAGCAGUAGCGAGUGUAAGGAAUGUGAUCAGCAUUGCGUCGCUCCCAAAUCAAAACCUGAAGCCAAUGCUACAAAGAAUUUGCUCCUAAGCAAUACAUCUUUUCUCAGUCAUGCUGAAGGGCUUUUCGAUAUUUAUUCAUGGCAACCUGUGGAGUUGAAGCCCGAUAGCUCACACAACGAAACGCCCGAGACUAAACUCUUACUGGAUUGUGCAAGUGAAUUACUCGAGAGCAAAAAGUUGCAGAUUACACUGUCUGUCGUUGACACAUUACCGAAGAAACCUAUUAGGUCACAAGUCCAUAUCUCGCUAGACAAGUUGGUGGCUGAAAUUUGUUGCGGGAUAGAAACUCUAAGAAGCUACAAGGAUCUUACCGCAACUCUUUCUGCAGACACCCUUUUUGCAUUGGUCGAGAGAGAUCUGCAGUGCAACGUAGCAGUUAGCGGGGGGGCAUGGGAUUUGGGUUGGAGGAAAGGGUUCACUUACGACGAAGUCGAGCAUGUAGUGGCUGACAUGGAGAAGCUCCUCUUAGGUGGAAUUCUUGAGGAUGCACUUGCAGAUUUUGGAUGGCAGUGACUUUGUGUACACAAUGUUCAGGUACACAGAUUUAUGAACAGCAAAUCUUAACUUCUAAGCUGUAAAUAACUAUACACCUACUGAUACAAAGAUGCAUCUAAAUUUCACCCCUCUUUACUAAUUGAUUCAUUUGAAGGUGCCAAA